CAUUUUCAUUAUCCAUAUACGAUUUUUUUGAAGCGCCGCUCAGCCAUCGUCAUUUUUUGCGGGACACCGGACGCCCAAACUUGGCCUUUUUGUUGUAUAACGCACAAUAAACAUGAGGUUGAUAAGUAAGGUUGUGGAGAAAGACGCUUCUGGCCAUGUGACGUUGUAUCCCGAAGAAUUGGAGGACAUGUGGCACGUCUACAACCUCAUUGCCAAAGACGAUCUCAUUAAAGCAACGACGAUUCGUCGAUUGCAGUCUGAAAGUACUACGGGUUCGUCUACCAGUCAACGCGUUCGCAUGAAGCUCACCAUUACGGUGGAAGACGUCGAUUUUGAUCCCCAUGCCGGUCUUUUGCGAAUCAAUGGCCGUGUAGCCGAGGAAAAUCCAUAUGUCAAGAUGGGAAGUUAUCAUACGAUUGAUCUAGAGUUGGAUCGAAACUUUACACUGUUCAAACCAGAAUGGGAUACCAUUGCUUUGGAGCGUGUAGAAGACGCGUGUGAUAUCACCAAGCAGGCGGAUGUGGCAGCCAUUGUUUGCCAAGAAGGUUUGGCCAACGUCUGUUUCAUGACGCAGCACAUGACGAUUGUUAAGCAACGCAUCGAGACACCUAUUCCGAGAAAGCGUAGAGGAUCAGUUGCCAAUUAUGAAAAAGGGCUUCAAAAAUUUUAUGAUCAAAUCUAUCAGUCGAUUCUGCGGUUGGUCGAUUUUGGCAUCAUCAAAGCUAUCAUCAUUGCCAGUCCUGGCUUUGUUAAAGACCAAGUAUAUCAAUACAUCUUUGAUACAGCCGUGAAAACGGACAACAAAACGGUCAUGGAAAAUAAGAACAAAUUCAUGACGAUUCAUUGCUCAAGCGGGCACAAACAUGCACUGAAUGAAGUCAUGCAGAACCCAGCCAUUCAAACCAAACUGGCCAACACCAAAGCAGCAUCAGAAGUCAAGGCGUUGGACGAUUUCUAUGCGAUGCUCAACAAAGAUCCCGAUCGCGCCUUUUACGGUUACGGUCACGUUGCAAAGGCCCACGAACGAGGCGCCAUUGGCACAUUAUUGGUAACAGACGAAUUAUUCAGAUCGGCGGAUGUGGCUACACGCCGCAAAUAUGUAGAAUUAGUAGAACAAGUGCGGGCCACCGGUGGCGUCGUUCGUGUGUUUUCCAGUUUGCAUGUGUCCGGAGAACAAUUGAAUCAGUUAACGGGUGUAGCGGCCAUUCUCAACUUUCCUGUACCGGAUAUUGAAGAUGAGGACGAAGAAGAAGAAGACACCCAUGAUCAAAACAACAUAGAAGCAUAGAAUAAUAACAAUGAUAUAUCCAGAUAAUGGAAAAACAAAGGGAAACGACAAUUAUUCGUUGGAAAAGUAGUAAUAUUGUACAAGAUAAAAAAAAAACAGAAUUACAUGGAUCGUGGCUAAAAAAAAAAAAAAAAAA